AUGACACACACACGACCACGCACCACAGCUGAACUCAAUAAACUCGGCAUUCCAGAAUUCAACCCUCACAUCAACAUUAAGCACUAUUUUCGGUCGGCAGAAUUGUUACUUCGACAAGCAAGAGUGUAUCGAACCGAAGGCGAUCUUGAAAACGCUUACGUGUUGUACCUUAAAUAUACAAAUCUGGGCAUCAAUGAACUACCAAAGCAUCCUGCAUACAAGCACCCUGACAGCAAGAAACCGAUCAAGAUUAUAAAGUUGAAUUGUCUCGAAGCGCUGGAUGCCUUGGAAACUAUGAAACCGCGAUUGGAUGCUGCUUAUCACGAACACAACCAACGAUUGCAAAGGAUGCAAGAGGAGGAAGAAGAAAGUAGGCGCAGAGUAUAUUCAUCCAGCAAGAUCCAAGUGGAAGAAGAAAGCAACCACGGGGCAUAUUCAUCCGACAAGAUACAAGAGGAAGAGGAGGAAGGCGACAAUGACAAGACCUUAUUGGAGGAAGAAGAUUGGUCAGUACAAAAAGCCUUGAGUGGUGUAGCAGGUAUUGGUCAUCACAACGAGCAACACCAACAAUCAUCAAGGCCAGCCGAAUUACCACCACUGCCAGCACGAUACCCAUCGCAUGAUGUAUUUCGCAAUCAGAGUGAUAGCCGCAUCUCCUAUGAAUCAUCAUCCAUAUCAUCACCAUCACCAGCAGCCCCACCACCACCACUCCCUCCGAAGCCAGCAAUGCCACCACCAUUGCCAGACAGGACGAAUUCAGUAUCUCCACGUGCACCAGUAUUGCCUCCAAAGAUCAAGCUAGAAGAACAAAAGGCUGUUGAAUUAGCAACAACUGAAAGUGGUGAACCUCUUCGUACAUUAUAUGUGCCUACAGGAAUACAAGAACAGUUUUUGAGAAUUGCUCGGAUCAACACGGACAAAAACAUUGAGACUUGUGGUAUCCUUUGUGGCUCUUUGAAAAAUAACACUCUUACGAUCACCACUCUUAUUAUUCCAAAACAAUCAGGCACCCCGGAUACAUGCACCACCGAAAAUGAGGAAGAGGUGUUUGAGUAUCAAGAUACCCAUGACUUGUUGACAUUGGGCUGGAUACAUACGCAUCCUUCACAAUCCUGUUUCCUGAGUUCAUUGGAUCUUCAUACCCAUUGUGCCUAUCAGAUCAUGCUUCCUGAAGCCAUUGCCAUUGUGUGCGCCCCAAAACACGAGCCAAGCGUUGGUGUAUUCCGGUUGACAGAUCCACCAGGCUUAUCACUCAUUAGCAAUUGCAGGGAGCGGGGUGCUUUUCAUCCACAUCCUGAUAAACCUAUAUACACUGAUACACAUAAUGAUACUGGACAUGUGCGCAUGACCCAUGAUUCCUUCAAGGUGGUGGAUUUAAGGUGUUAA